UCAUGCAUUUCUCCUCCCCGAGCUCUUCUGGUGGGAACCUUUGCUGAGCUCGUGCGCGCCUCCCUCCCCUCCUCCUCUCCACUCCGGGUGAUCAUCUCCCCUUCUCCCCUCGCUCUUCCCCACCCUCCCCUCUUUCCCUCCCUCCCUCCCAGCCGCGUGCCUCCUCCCCUCCCCCUCGGCUCCCUCCCCUCCAGCGGCAGCAGCAGUAGCCACUUCAGCGGAGCCGGAGAUGGGCAGAGAGCGCGCACGGCGCGGCAGCUCCGGAUCCACAGCCCUCCCAGCCCGCAGCUCCCUGCGCCCCCGCCGCCGCUGUCGCCUCCUCGGUGUCCCCAGGCUCCAGUCCCGCGGCUAAGACAGCGCCGCCACCGCAGCACGGCCCUGCCUGCCGCCUGCGCUGCGCAGCCCUCGCGCGCGCCCGGAUGGCGCUUUCCACCCAGGACCGGCUUAGAAUGCAAUAAUUCAAGAAUUUUAUAAUACAGUGGAGUAGCUUAACAACUGCUUAUGUGCUUCCCAUGAUAUGAUCUCUGUAUU